AUGAAUCCAAAAAAUAUACCUAUAGGACAUCAUUAUGAAUAUUCUACUCAAGUAAAGUAAAAGAGUCUCGCAUCACUUAAAAUCAUAGCUCCACUAUGCAUCAUAUUAUCAUUGUGUAGUAUUGUUAUCGGAUUCAUCUGGUAUGCUUUUAAUAAUUUGACUGAAUAUUUAUUAAUUGGAAUCAAUAAUGUAAACACUUUCAUUAAUUUAAGAUAGCAAUUUUAUUCACUUGUAUAUUUUCUCUUUAUUGGAGUUUUACUUCUUAAACUGCUGUUAAUGAAAUCAAUAAUUUUAAUGAAGGUCAUUCAACUACUACUAUUCCAUAUCUUCAUUCCCUAUUUACUUAAUUAGUUUGUGCUAUAGAAGGCGGAUUAGUUUUAAGUCUAAUUGAAUACAAUUCCUACAAUUAAUUUUUAUUUAUUUUACCAAUCUAGAUACUUGAAAUAUUUCUAUUAUUAUUAAUGGCAAAUGUUAGUCGAUAAUUCAAUAUUAGAGAAUAUGGCAUAUAAAGAUUGGUUAUGUAUGGAACUUCAGUUGUCAAUCUAUUAUUUUUAAUUUUUGCCUCUUUCAGUCUUAAAUAAGUAAUCUUAUUUGUUUUAUCUAAUUUAGGUUAUAUUACAGAUAAAUUCUUAAUUAUUUUAGAUCUCUGCUACUAACAUAGAAAUAUCUCUUGUUAAAUUAACAUUGUUUGCAUUAUUUAUUACUACAUUGAUUGUCUCAAUGUUCAAUUUAAAAAGAAUUAAAGUUUACUUUGUUACACUAGCAUUUUUAAUUAUAAGUGUUUGUAUAUUAGCAUGUUGCAUUAAUGGUUUGCUUGUUAGAAGAGUCUAAUAUUUGGAAGUUGAACUUUCAACUAAAGAAGGUUGCAAAUUUGCAAUGCAAUCCAUUUCAGAAACAAGUUUAAGCAACUAAUUAGAUUGCCCAUAAAAAUAUUUUGAUUUAGAAUUAUCUCCAUAUCUUCCAUGUGAAUAGGAUUUAUAAAGCUAUUAAUGGGAAACCCAUUAAAAGAAUGCUAAAUUAGGAUGUAUUAAUUUGAAGUGUUGUAAUAAUGUCAAGAAAUAUGUUUUCAAUCAAAUCAAUAGUCUAACUAUUUGGAUUAAUCUUAUAAUCAUGGUUGGAAUAUUAUAAUCUUUCAAUGCUGCCAUGUUAUCUGAAGGGUCAUAUAAGAAAUUUAGAAUGCAUAUAGUAGGAGAUGGAAUCGUUUUCAUAAUUCUUGUUAUUCUAGCUAUUUUAGUAGUUGUGGCAUAUAAUCUUGCUCCAUAAUUAUUAGUUAAUGUAUAACAUCCAAUUGUUAAGUAUAUUUAUUUAGAAAUAAAAAUAGAUAGUAAUAAAUGUUAAAUCAAAUUACUGUAUUACCAACUCCAAUUUACAAAAACUUUGAUAAAUAAGAAAAAUUAGUUGGGUUUUAUAAUCUUUAAAAUUGUUAGCCUAUUUCUUAAAUUAUGAUACAAAGGAUAUUAUUUAGAUCUAAUGAAAAAGAAAAGGGGUAAAACAAUAAAAAUAAUUAGAAUUACUCUAGCAAUUUCUGGAACAAAUGGAUAAUUUCUUGCUUUGAAAGAAUAUAAUAAUGAAAAAUUAAAAAUAAUUAUUGAUGAUAAAAUUACCAAAACUAUAUUCUCAGCUUAAACUUAACCAUUUGAUGGUAUUGUGAUAUAGGGUGAUAUAGAGGAAGCAGAGAAGUUCUAUAAUAAUAAUUUAAAUUAUUGUUCAGAUAAUCCACUUAGUGCAGAUUUUGAUUUCAUGAUAGAUUUUUAUGAUAUCCCUUAAAAUAAUAAUAGAAUUUUAGCAGCUUUAAGCAAAGAUCAAUAAAAAAAUGGAGAUUAAGCAUUUAAAUUUUACAAUAUUAAGAUCACAAUAGAAAAUGCAGUUGAUUUUUCCCCCAUAGAAAAUGCUGUAAAUAUUAAUUAUUACUUUAGCUUGUUGAAGUAUAUGAAGGUAAAUUCUUAUCUUAAUCUUGUCAAAUCAUUAGAAAUUUAGAAAAUAAUUUGCAUGAACUUAAAACUAAUUCAGAAGGGUUUACUGAAAUCAAUAAUUUAAGUUAAGGAUUUUCAUACACUGUUUUGAUCUAUAAACCAGGUAAAAUAUAGCAUAAAAAAUAUUCAAAGGAUUUAAAAAAUCAUGCUCUAUUCUAGAUCUUUAAAGAAGAGUACCAAAAACCAAAUAUAUAUUCAGAUUAAUUAAGAGUAUACCUAAACAUUCAGCACGAAUCUUAUUAGAAUGGACUUCAAAAUCUCUUUAACUUAAUUUAUAUGGUAUGUUUAAGGUAGGAGAAUAAACAUGUUUAACAGGAGCUUUAUCAAAAUCAUGUGGAGGAAUGUAAAUAACAUCUAUAUCCAAACUUGAUAAACACAUAGAAAUACUUGAUAUUAAUUAAAUAGAGCCAUAAAUCUAUACAAUAUUUGUGAAAAGAUUCUUAAAUAGAGAUGGAGCAUUAAAUCUUUUGACUAAUUCAUUAGCAAGUUAAGAGUGGAUUGAUGCAGAUCCUCAUAUCACUAUGUAUUUGAGUGAAUUAAACUAUCCAUUAAUUGAUUUUCGAUUACCAUAAAGUAGAUAUUAAAUUAAUUUAGAUAUCAAUUUUUUAAUGGAUAAAGUUGAUUUAACUUGGUUGGUCUUCUAAAUUGAUGGAUAAUAAUCAGAUGCUCCAAAAACUGUUUAAAAAAUUGUAAAUUAUAUUACAAAUGAUGAAAUACGUUCAAACACGGCAUCUAAUAAACCUUUCUGGCCAGAAAUUUGA